AUGGUGCGAGCCGACAUCGCUACGCCUCUGAUACUGCAGGAAGAGGCUCCGGUAGCACCAGCUACGACACGGACACCCGUCGACACUCAGUGUCGAGAACAAGUUGAUGAAUUUAAGAGCUACCAGGACGAGCUGCUGCGGGCUGCGUUCGUGGCCGAAGUGACAGCGCUUGCGCACGCAGUCCGAACGAAGGACGUUAGCCGAGUUGUGUCACGUUCGGUGGCAGUAGUAGAAUGUAUGGGCGCCCAAAUUGCAGCAAGUUUAUCCCCCGAUUCAAGAGCUCGUGUUGUGGGAAUCAUCCGUGACGUGACAGCGUAUAUGCAAGCUGCACGAACACAGCUGACUAUGCACUCUGAUGAAGAGGCGGAUGGCGCGCUUCAUGAAACGCAGACUAGCGCAGCUGCCGCUAAC